GGAAGAACCAAAUUUGGGGGCGUUAGGAUAAGAUUUGUUUUCCACACUUCCCAAUUCCCAGAAAACCUUUCACGUCAUCCUCACCUUUGUUUUAUUUAACUUCGCACAUCUAUAAAACAUCUCUCAUUUCUAACCAACUUCUCCGACACAGUCUUUUGCUUCAAUAACUUAGAGAACUAAACAAGAAGAUGCAACCCACUUCGGAUGUCAACCAACGCCUUGCAAGAAUCUCUGCGCAUCUCCACCCUCCUAGUUUCCAGAUGGGGGAGAGUUCGGGUUUGAGACCGGCGAAUUGCCGGGCAAAAGGCGGGGCUCCCGGGUUCAAGGUGGCGAUUUUGGGUGCUGCAGGGGGCAUAGGGCAGCCUCUGGCCCUGUUGAUGAAGAUUAAUCCACUGGUUUCGGUUCUUCAUCUCUACGAUGUGGUCAACACUCCUGGUGUUACAGCUGAUAUCAGUCACAUGGACACUGGCGCCGUGGUGCGUGGGUUUUUGGGGGCACAACAGCUGGAGAAUGCUCUUGCGGGCAUGGACCUUGUAAUCAUCCCUGCUGGAGUUCCCCGUAAACCUGGAAUGACGAGGGAUGAUCUGUUCAACAUCAAUGCUGGAAUCGUUAGAACACUUUGUGAAGGGAUUGCUAAGAGCUGCCCAAAUGCUAUUGUCAACUUGAUCAGUAAUCCUGUUAACUCCACCGUUCCAAUUGCAGCAGAAGUUUUCAAGAAAGCUGGCACCUAUGAUCCAAAGCGACUUUUGGGUGUCACAAUGCUUGAUGUUGUCAGAGCUAAUACUUUUGUGGCAGAAGUUUUAGGCCUUGACCCUAGAGAGGUUGAUGUUCCGGUUGUUGGGGGUCACUCAGGGGUUACAAUUUUACCUCUUCUUUCUCAGGUUAAACCUCCUUGCUCUUUCACCCCAAAAGAAAUUGAAUAUCUGACGGAUCGCAUUCAAAAUGGUGGAACAGAAGUUGUUGAGGCAAAAGCUGGAACUGGUUCUGCAACACUAUCAAUGGCAUAUGCUGCUGUUAAAUUUGCAGAUGCAUGCCUUAGGGGCCUGAGAGGAGAUUCAGGCAUUGUUGAAUGUUCAUUUGUGGCUUCUCAGGUGACUGAACUUCCUUUCUUCGCGUCCAAGGUACGGCUCGGCCGUACUGGAGCAGAGGAAAUAUUCCCUCUUGGCCCUCUGAAUGAGUAUGAGAGGGCUGGCUUGGAGAAGGCAAAGAAAGAGUUGGCAACAAGCAUUCAGAAGGGGGUUUCCUUUAUCAGAAAAUGAACAGCUGCCAGCCUGCCAUUGACCUGGUUUUUCUUGAUAUAUUCAAUGUCUUAUGGAUCAUGAUUCCUCAAAAUAAAUGGUUCCUAUCUUUUCUUGCUU